AGUUCCUGUCACUGAGGGAAGAUGGCGGCCUCCAGUGCUCUUCUGUCCCCCGUGUUCCAGCUGGUCCGGGCCGGGUACCGGGUGCUCACCCGGGGGGUCUGGGGCCCAACUCUGCUCCACAGCCGGGGCCUGCGGGAGUUGGUGGAGGAGAAAUCCGGAAAGGUGACUGUGCUCGAAGGUCGUAUCAUUGAGGAUAAGGAGGGACAGACACCUCCAAACCCUACAGGGGGCUGUCCCAUCUGCCGCUGGAGUCUCAAACACAAGUAUGGUUACACGGAUGUCCUUCUGCUUAGCCAGUUUAUCCGCUCAGACGGAGGGAUGUUACCGCGCAGGCUGACCGGUCUUUGUACAGAAGAGCACAGAAAGGUGGAAGAAUGUGUGAAGAUGGCUCACAGGGCAGGUCUCUUGCCAAAUCACAGGCCUAAACUUCCAGAGGGAGUCAUCCCAAAACCCAAAUUCCAACUGAACAGAUAUCUCACCCGAUGGUCCGUGUCCUCUACAAAGCCUAUCUUGAAGAAGGGAUUGAAAUGGUGUAAAGUUCGUAUGCCAGUUGGUCAUCCGGUCUUGAAGGACAAUGUUCGUUAUGGGAAGAAACAGAUGUACAGCAGGCACUGAGAUGGGAACAGAUUAGCUAACCGUUCCUUUUCAAAGUUUGAUGGGUGGGCAGGGCAUGAAUUUGUUCUUUGUCAGCAUAUGUGACGUUAACAAUCUGUAACUUUGUGCCCGAAGAAGGUCCAGACCAAAGAUCUACACCAAUUUGUUCUUCGUCAGUAUAUGGGAAGGUAAUAUAUUCCGUAGAUUUGUGCCCAAUGAUGGUUCAGACCCAAAAUCUAAACCAAUUUGCCAUAAACAUGGCAUCUGAUUAAAUCUUAGUCUAUAAUAAAACUGUUCUUUUUCUGAUACAA